AUGGCAUCCGAAUUUCUGGCCCUUCAACAGCAAGGCACGUGGACACUAGUCCCCGCUCCCCCUAAUCAAAUGAUUCUCGGCUCUCGCUGGACAUACAAAAUCAAAACCAAUCCUAACGGCACAAUUGCACACUACAAAGCUCGCUUAGUAGCACAAGGGCAUCGACAGGAGUAUGGCCUCAACUAUACGGAAACCUUUAGUCCCGUCGCCAAAUUCCCUUCUCUUCGGGUCUUCCUUACAGUUGCAUUCAAUAACCAUUGGCCUCUUCAUCAACUGGACGUCACGAACGCAUUUCUACAUGGUUCUCUAAACGAGCAAAUCUUCAUGAAACAACCAACUGGUUUCGAAAACAACCAACUUCCCAACCACGUCUGCUUCUCCAAAAAUCGAUUUAUGGUCUCAAACAAGCUCCCCGCCAAUGAUGAUAUACUCUUCACUGGAAAUGACUCCAAACACCUACUCAACGUCAUGUCUGCUAUAAGCAACAAUAUUUCCAUACGAAAUCUGGAAAAGUCGUCGAGGUUCAUUGGCAUUGAAAUAGCACACAAUGGCAAUCACAUGUUUCUUACGCAAACUCAAUACACUCAAGCCAUUCUACAGCAAGUCGGCUUAAUCCACUGCAAGCCUCUAGCCAAUCCGUCCCUCACCAAGUUACCUGUCAACUGCCCUGCUCUACCAAACUUCUUUGAUCCUGUCAACUGCCCUGCUCUACCAAACUUCUUUGAUCCCAUCUCAUACAGACACUUAAAAGGCUCACUUCAAUAUCUAACCAUUACUAGGCCAGACAUCUCCUUUGCUGUUAACGCUCUCAGUCAACAUCUUCACAACCCACAACCACUUCACUUUAGCCUACUAAAACGCCUUCUACGCUACCUUAAAGGCACCAGCCAAUUCGGUAUUCCCAUCCUUAAAUCCAACUUAACUCUUUGUACCUUCUCGGACGCGGACUGGGCCACCGAUCCCUUAACUCGCAGAUCCAUCUCCGGGUACUUUUCUUUUCUCGGCGAUACACUGAUCUCCUGGACUGUCAAGAAACAAACAACAGUCGCUCGAUCCUCUACAGAUACCGAAUACAGAUCCUUAGCAGCAGCAACGUCAGACGCCAUCUGGCUCAGGCGACUCCUCUCCGACUUUCAAACUCAUCAAACAGAGCCAACGGAGAUUCACUGCGACAACAUGUCUGCCAUCGCUCUGGCAAACAAUCCUGUGUUCCACUCCCGAACGAAACACAUCGAAGUAUAUGUACACUUCAUCUGA